CCAGCGGCCGAGUAUCGAGUGGUAGAGACCGACUACAAGACGUACAGCUUGGUGUACUCGUGCACUUUGUUUGCCGGCCUCUUUAGGACAGAGUUUGCCUGGAUCCUGUCCCGUACCACAUCACUGGACGGCGCCUUGGUGACGCGACUAGAGCAGAAGCUCGCCUCUUACAAUGUCAACGUGGCUGCUUUUGAAGGCACCAAUCACAGCAAUUGUCCACCUUAA